GAAUUCCCAUUUCAAAUUUUCUAAAGCCCAACAAGUAGAAACUAGGACCAUUUAUGAGACCAAACGCUCUCAAACAUCUACCUACGCGAAAUCGAUUCGCAGAGAGAAUCAAACAGCAAAUUCAUCUUGAAAGUUCUUUUGCUGUUUCUCGUCAAUACCAACCAAGAGCAUUCUUCAAUGGACGGUAACAUCCAACCACCGACGGAAUCGAAUCCCGAGACUGAUGAUCAAACUAUCGAAAUCGAUCCUUCAAGCACGGUUCUCGAUCUCACCAGCUUCCAGCUCCACAAUCUCGACUCAGUCGAGUUAUCUCAGGGUCUUACUGAGUUGGAUUUGACCGCGAAUCGCUUAUCGAGUCUCGACCCUAGAAUUGCGUUUCUCUCGAACCUGAAAAAGAUCUCUUUUCGACAAAACCUCAUCGAUGACGCUGCCAUCGAGCCCUUCUCCGGCUGGGAAGCGUUAUCAGGCCUCGAGGAACUGGUGCUGAGGGAUAAUAAACUUACGAAAAUACCUGAUGUUAGCAUAUUCAAGAGUCUCUUGGUUUUUGAUGUUUCUUUCAAUGAAAUCGGGUCCUUGCAUGGAUUGUCCAACGUCUCCAAUACUCUGAAGGAACUCUAUGUAUCAAAAAAUGAAGUUACUAAGAUGGAGGAGAUUGACCAUCUUUAUCAGUUGCAAAUUCUGGAACUUGGUUCCAACAGAUUAAGGGUAAUGGAGAAUCUGCAUAAUUUAACAAACUUACAGGAGCUGUGGCUGGGACGGAAUCGUGUCAAAACAGUUAAUCUAUGUGGUCUGAAAUGCAUCAAGAAGCUUAGCUUGCAAAGCAAUCGUUUAACAUCUAUGAAAGGAUUUGAGGAAUGCGUUGCUUUAGAAGAACUUUAUUUGAGUCAUAAUGGUAUCACCAAAAUGGAAGGCCUAUCAACCUUGGUCAACCUCAGUGUAUUGGAUGUAUCAUCUAACAAGCUAACUUCAAUUGAUGACAUUCAGAACCUGACCCGGUUAGAAGAUCUAUGGCUUAAUGACAACCAAAUAGAAUCACUUGAACGCAUUGCUGAGGCCAUUGCUGGUUCCAGACAGAAAUUAACCACAAUCUACUUCGAAAAUAAUCCAUGUGCAAGAUCUCCAAACUAUGCUGUCACUCUCAGACAGAUUUUUCCUAACAUUCAGCAAAUUGAUUCCAAUGUAUUUGCUUAGAAGUUCAUUGUUCCAAGUUUCUUUUGUCAGGACAGUAGUAUCCAGGAAGUUGAAACUCUCCACUAGUGAUCAAAUUGUGGUAGGAGACUGUAAGUCCACCAUUGAUACAAAAAGCUAUCUAUUGGCUUCAACUGGGGAUGCAAGUUGCAAGUUUUCAACAGCCCUAAGGAAUUAAUUUGAAUUGUGCUGCUGUUCUGCAAUGCAUUUAUGAACUACAAUUUUUCAACUCUCCUACAUCUAUCGAUCUUCAACCAACUUUUGUUUUUUCUUCUUCAAAGUAAUAUUUCAAAUAUGAAUCUCAGGUUUUUUUUGUUUCCCAUUAUUGUUAACUUUAGAUAUCUGAGCAGUUGAGUUUAGGUUGGAGUGUGAAAACUUUUAAUUUCAUUUUGUGAUGUUCUUUUUGUAAGUUUGUUUUUUCUUCCUGGGAUUGUUGUUUUAAUGACAUACAUUUAAAUAUUUAAUCUGCAAUCGAGUCGAUGUUUCGGAGUUUCA